CGAUUGCUAUAUAACUGAUCAAAGAUGUCCAAUUUAGUGAUUCCUUGCAACCAAGACUGUUCAAAAGCAAUUUUAGAUUCCGACGAUGCAAACAUCAAAUUGAUUAUUGCGAAUGUGAAUAACAUUCAACAAACAAAUAAUGAAUUAAAUACUAUCAUCAAACUUAAAAAGGAAAUUGGUCUUCUUGACGGAGUAGCCAUCAUCGUUGGUAUUAUCAUUGGUGCUGGCAUUUUCGUCUCACCUAAAGGUGUUUUAGUUAAUAGUGGUAGUGUUGGCCAAGCACUUACAGUAUGGAUUUUUUCUGGUUUUUUGUCUCUUAUAGGAGCGCUCUGUUAUGCUGAACUCGGCACUAUGAUAUUGAAAUCCGGCGGUGAUUAUGCAUAUAUAAGUGAUGCUUUUGGACCACUUCCAGCUUUUCUGUAUUUAUGGGUAGCAUUAUUUAUUUUAGUUCCGACAGGAAAUGCAAUAACAGCACUCACCUUUGCCCAGUAUAUAUUACAGCCUUUGUGGCCGGUUUGUGAUCCGCCUUAUGAAGCCGUUCGGCUACUCGCCGCCAUUAUUACUUGCUUUUUAACAGCUAUUAAUUGUUGGAAUGUCAAAUGGGUUACAAGACUUCAAGAUAUUUUCACAGGAACAAAAAUAUUUGCACUUAUAAUAAUUAUGUUUUCUGGUCUGUGGUGGGUUUGUCUUGGCCAUACAGAGAAUUUUAACCAUCCAACAGUAGGAACUAAUACAGAACCAGGAUAUAUUGCGCUCGCUAUUUAUUCCGGACUUUUUUCUUACUCUGGAUGGAAUUAUUUGAAUUUUGUUACCGAAGAACUUGAGGAACCUUAUAGAAAUCUUCCCCGUGCAAUUUGUAUUUCAAUGCCUCUUGUUACUGUGAUUUAUGUUCUCGCAAAUUUAUCGUAUUUUGUUGUUUUGACACGAGAUGAAAUACUUGCAUCAAAUGCUGUGGCAGUUACUUUCGGUGAUAAAUUACUUGGACCUAUGGCGUGGAUAAUACCAUUUUUUGUAGCGUGCUCAACAUUCGGUGCUUUGAAUGGUGCAAUUUUUGCCAGUUCAAGAUUAUUUUUCGUAGGUGCACGCAACGGUCAUUUACCUAUUGCAAUAUCUCUGAUCAACGUGAAAAAACUUACACCGAUACCAUCUCUUAUUUUCCUUUGCAUAAUGACACAUCUAUUAUUAUUCAUAAAAGAUGUUUACGUCUUAAUAAAUUAUGUAAGUUUCGUUGAAGCCCUUUUUACCAUGUUAUCAGUCAUGGGCCUUCUUUGGCUGCGAUACAAAAAACCGGAUCUUCAUAGACCUGUAAAAGUAUCAUUAGCAUUACCCAUAAUAUUCUUCAUCAUUUGUGCCUUUCUCGUAACAUUUCCAUGUUACGUUUCACCUUGGGAAGUUGGUGUAGGUGUUAUAUUUAUAUUAUCUGGUAUUCCUGUUUAUUGGAUCUUUAUCUAUUGGUCCAAAAAACCCAGGUGGUUGAUAUCUACUUCUUAUACAUUCAACAUAAUAUGUGCUAAAAUAUUUUUAUCCGAACAAGAAGAGAAAAAUUAUUAAAUAGUAUUUAGUAAAAAUAUAAAUUUUUUAUAACAAUAAUCUACAUAUUUGAAAGAAGUG